AUGUUCGCCAAACCGAGGCCCAAGAAGAGCGUUCUUCCGCCACAGUACAAGAAGCGAAAAGCAACAUCUGCUGUUGAAGAAGUAAAUUUCGACUUCGAUGCGCGACAAGAAUAUUUAACUGGCUUCCAUAAGCGCAAGCAACAACGUAUCAAAAAUGCGCAGGAGGAGGCUGCUAAGAGAGCUCGUCAGGAGAAGCUUGACAUGCGAAAGCAGAUACGGGAAGAUCGAAAACGCGAAGUUGAAGAGCACGUACAGACCGUAAAUCGAUUACUAAAAGAGUCAGAGGCUGCUGGUGCUGUUGGCCUCGAUUCUGAAGAAGAAGACGACGAAGAAUGGGGCGGCAUCCCUGACCAGCCUGAGCUUGACAUUGUCGACCACGAAGAAGAGUACAUUGAUGAGGAUCGUUACACGACAGUCAAGGUUGAGUCUGUUUCGGUAACAAGAGACGGAUUUCAGAAACCGCAGUUCGACAGCGAAGAUAAGAGCGAAGAUAAGAAGGUUGAAGAGACAAAGGAUGAUGUAAAGAAGGCCCGGCGGGAACCCAAGAAGAAGAAGAAGAAGUUCAGAUACGACACCAAGUUUGAAAGACAACUUGCAGACAGGAAGGUUAGAGCCCAAAAGAGCAAAAUGGCAGCAAGAAGGUCGGGCUAA